CCAGGUCUCCCCCCAUGGGGCCUCCCCCAGAGGCUUCCGCCCCAGGUUGCCACCCCCCACUGGCGUUUCAGUACUGGCCGCGGUGCUCCUUUCCCCUCCUGCCCAGGGGCCCCCGUCUCGGCCCUGCGCCCGCCCGCAGGUGGUGUGUUGUGCUCUCUGUUGGUCUGAGGUCGGCCCCCCCCACGUGACAGCUGCAUACAGACAUGGAGUUCCAAGACAGGCAGUCCUUGCUCAUUCCGUUCGGCCAAGCACGCGCCAGAAGCCGACCCCCUCGCAAAACAGCGAGCGAUGACGAGGCCUCAGCUGCAGUCGUGGAGCGGGUUUCCGCAUUUGGCGAUCCGCAUUUGACGAACGUCUACGGUGAGCGAUUUGACCUGAUGCGGCAGGGCAAAGUCUUGCUCAUCAAUAUCCCACGUGGAAAACCUGUGGAGGACGCGCUGCUCGUCGCGGAGGCCGACGUGCGCCGAAUGGGUGCGCAGUGCGCGGACAUGUAUUUCCGAAGGUUGAACAUCACAGGGGCGUGGGCGGACGAGGCGCACGCUGGCGGUCUCACCUUCGAUGCCAAGACGGCGCACGAGGCGGGCGCGGGGUGGACGAAGUUCGGUCCGCUGGAGCUCAAGGUCGUCCGCGGGCGCACGGACCAGGGCGUCCCGUACUUGAACUUCUACGCCAAGCACCUUGGGAAGGCUGGGUUUGCUGUCGGGGGCCUGCUGGGAGAGGACGAUCACACGGAGGCUGCGACGCCCGCGGCAGAGUGCGGCAAACAAUUGUCCCUUGCGCGUCGUGCCGCACCGACGCGUGCAGCACCGAGUUCGGCUCCGAGCUCUGUCGCAAUGGCGAGCUUCCACUGAGGCUCGAUGGCCCAGUCCCACCUGCUCCGGUCGCGUUCCGGGCCUGGUUCUCCCUUUCCUCUGAAGCCUCGACAUGCCCAAUACGACACUCUGCCAGCUCGUUCUAUUCCUUUUUCUUUUGCUCGUGUGCCUCUUCAGGAGGCGCAUCAUCAGAUGCACAUAACUGGGGACUUGCCCCUGGGAACCCCCAGGCCGGCACCACGACCGCGAACAGGGCUGUCCCAGGCCACAGGAUGCUACUUCGGGUCCUGCAUCUUUCCCGGGCGGCCCAGAAACGCUCUAAGAGAAUCGCAAGACGUCUCCAGACUCCCCCGGGAAGCUUCCCGAGUCGGCUGUGGACCCAUACUGCC